CAGCCUCAGGCGGCCUCUCUUGUGCUCGCUGCCGAGCACGGUGCCGGUUAUAAGGUAGUUUCCUGAGGGCGACCGGGGCGCAAAGCUUUAAAGACGUAAAAAUAGGAGGGGUAACUACAAGAUACACACUGCUCAGUACACGGGUCAUUUCGUAAGACUGUAACCCCCCGGUCUCUCCUCGGAACGUCAGCCGGUCACCUGCUCCUUUCUGUCACGCUGCAUUCAGUGUAACCACCAUAAGUCUAGCCGCUGUCCAUAGUCAAGCACCACAGUGUGCCCACACAACUCUCCGGCUAGGCGCUGCCCUGUUCAUAAGCCGGUGCACACCGGGGGAUCAGCCCGAGCCAUAUUCCCUGACCAGCUUUGUAGAAACGCCUUACUAUCCUGUUACUUCUCCUGUGGAGAUCCCCCGGUUCCUCCUCCUAGCUCGGUAUAAGCUCUGGUUGGGGGAUGCACACAGCUACCUGCAGCUAUCCUAUGGCCUCCCUCUAUGUGGGUGACCUCCAUCCAGAUGUCACAGAAGCCAUGCUCUACGAGAAGUUCAGUCCAGCUGGGCCUGUGCUGUCUAUACGGGUCUGCAGGGACAUGAUCACCAGAAGAUCCCUUGGUUAUGCUUAUGUCAACUUCCAGCAACCUGCAGACGCUGAGCGGGCUCUGGACACCAUGAACUUCGAUGUGAUCAAAGGAAAACCUAUUCGGAUUAUGUGGUCCCAGCGUGACCCAUCUCUUAGGAAGUCAGGAGUGGGCAAUGUCUUCAUAAAGAAUCUCGACAAAUCAAUUGACAACAAAGCACUUUAUGACACCUUUUCUGCAUUUGGCAACAUUCUUUCCUGUAAGGUGGUGUGUGAUGAGAAUGGCUCCAAGGGAUAUGCUUUUGUGCACUUUGAAACACAAGAUGCUGCGGAUAGAGCCAUAGAGAAGAUGAACGGCAUGCUGCUCAACGACCGCAAAGUGUUUGUUGGUCGUUUUAAAUGCAGAAGGGAGAGGGAAGCAGAACUUGGAGCUAAAGCCAAAGAAUUCACCAACGUUUACAUCAAGAACUUUGGGGAAGAUAUGGAUGAUGAACGACUGAAGGAGACCUUCGGCAAAUACGGGAAGACUCUGAGCGUUAAGGUGAUGACUGACCCGAGUGGCAAGUCCAAAGGGUUUGGCUUUGUCAGCUUUGAAAAACAUGAAGAUGCCAAUAAGGCUGUAGAUGACAUGAACGGAAGGGACAUCAAUGGAAAAGUGAUGUUUGUUGGCAGAGCACAAAAAAAGGUUGAGCGCCAAGCAGAGCUGAAAAGGCGGUUUGAACAGUUAAAGCAAGAGCGGAUUAGUCGCUAUCAGGGUGUGAAUUUGUAUAUUAAAAAUCUGGAUGACACUAUUGAUGAUGAAAAGCUAAGGAAAGAGUUUUCUCCAUUUGGAUCCAUCACAAGUGCCAAGGUUAUGCUGGAGGAUGGCCGUAGCAAAGGAUUUGGAUUUGUUUGCUUUUCUUCCCCAGAAGAAGCCACUAAAGCAGUCACUGAGAUGAAUGGGAGAAUUGUAGGGUCUAAACCACUCUAUGUGGCAUUGGCUCAAAGAAAGGAGGAACGGAAAGCGCAUCUUACCAAUCAGUAUAUGCAGCGUAUAGCAGGAAUGAGGGCUCUUCCUGCCAACACCCUUAUCAACCAAUUUCAGCCAGCUCCUGGAGGAUACUUUGUGCCUGCUGUUCCGCAGGCUCAAAACAGACCUACAUACUAUGCACCCAAUCAUAUGACCCAAGUACGGCCAGGCCCUCGAUGGCAACAAGCAGGACGUCCUCAGGGCUUCCAACCCAUACCUAAUUCACUGCGCCAGAGUGGCCCACGUCAGUCACUGCGCCAUCUACCACCUUCAAGUACUCAGGGCACCCGUGGAAUCCCCAACGUAGCCCAGAGAGUUGGGGUAUCUUCCGCUACUCAGACCUUAGGUCCACGACACCAAGUCUCUUCUACUCCCCCUCGAGCUGUGCCUCCGUACAAGUACACACGUUGCCCACUCCCUGGUGUUCAGCCUCUACAGAACCCCCAGCCUGCUGUCCAUGUACAGGGACAGGAGCCACUCACAGCUUCAAUGCUGGCCGCUGCCCCUCCCCAAGAACAGAAACAAAUGUUGGGAGAACGUCUCUUUCCUCUUAUCCAAGCCAUGCACCCCUCACUAGCGGGUAAAAUAACAGGAAUGCUGCUAGAAAUUGAUAACUCAGAGCUUCUACACAUGUUGGAAUCCCCAGAGUCUCUGCGCUCCAAGGUUGAAGAGGCUGUUGCAGUUUUACAAGCUCACCAAGCUAAGAAAGACGCUGCUCAGAAGGUGGUGAUCGUUGCUGCUACCUCUUGAACCAGGGUAACCUGAAGUAAAGAAGCCAAAUAAUCCCAGAAUGUGUGAGUUUGAAAAGUGGCUGCCAAGAAUCUAGUCUCGUCCACGUGCUGCUUAUCUCGAGAGAUGCCAUCUGUUUGUCAAACAUGGAGUCUAUGCACUACGUCGCUUUAUCGCUCUUAGGAUGAGAAGUUGUAUCUUGAGUGCAUCUCCAGGAUCCUCCUGCAGAACUUUUCCCCAUAAUUGCAAAGGAUUUUUAUUUUUUGCAGUUUGUUUGAAGAAAUUUGAAUGAGAUCUAAACUGUUUUCUCUAUGAAAUAAUAAAAGGGUGUAAGUCCGA